CUCUCUCUCUGGUGAUAAGAGAGAAAGGGGAUUCAUUAGGAAAAGAAUGAAGUUUGUCAUCAGGGUGUAGUGAAAAAUAAGGAGGAAUAGAAAGAUGGAAGAUGAGACAUGACAAAGAACUUUACAGGAAUGAAUAUGGUUACAACUCAAUAUGUACACUAAGUAUGGGCGUAAUAAAGCAUGAUAAGAUAAUUGUAUCAAUAAUAAAUAUACAGCAGAGGCUCAAGUGUGAAAUGAGACAUGCAAAGACUGUCUUAGUGAUCUUUAAAAAGAGGCACUAAUUAAUAUAAAGAAGGCGAUAUGAAGAAUACAAUAUUAUUUCUCCUUCAAGCAGGUAGUCAGAGACAAUAAUAUUAUUAUGUAUGUGGCAUUUCACUAACUUAGAUAACGGCUAUACCUACUAUCAUUUCUCGCUAGGAGUGGAAAGAUAAAUAUUGCCUAAUACUAAACAUCUUUAGUGUUUUUAUUUGAGGGCUAUAGUAGAUUACGUCAGGUUAACGUAGAUUAUUUUUUAAUUUAUUAUUUUCAUUACUCUUUCAUUGUGUACCGAAGGUAGAACACGACUCAAGCAAGCGUCUUAUUUUGCCAAGAAAAAACCAGCCUCAGUCAAUUGAUAGACUACCUAAGGCUAUUUUUUUUAUAAAAUCCGGAAUGUAAACUUGAACGAUGAAAUGUUUUCAACUUUUUCACUGCAAUUUAUCUUUUUAGAGGCAUGUCUGAACGCGGCCCCAAUGUCGAGGUUGUGACGUCACGUGUAAACAACUCUGGGAGGGACAUUGCAGGAGCUGCUCGUGAUUGACGUUAGUUCCAAAAUUACGGGUGAACCUAAGAUUGUAGCUGAUGCAGAACUUGCCUCAACAUUCCUGUCCAGGUUGAGUGUAACGUGAGUGUGUGUAUGCAUGUGUGCCACCAUGGCCAGCCUGGAUCUGGACCCAAUGUUCCGACGGGGUCUGCGGCUACUCCACUCCAGAAAUCGGGACUCUGUGGAGCAACUCAAAGCCAUUGUGGAUGAGGCAGUGAGGCAGCGGCAGGGCAAGACAAUUCCUCCGAUGAGCAAGGACCCAUUCAGUCUGCGGCGAGAAUCUCCAAUACCACGGUCUAAGCCAGGGAGUCCCAUUCCAGUCUCUUUCUCAAAGAGGGAAGAAUUUAAGAAAGAUAUGGAGAGAAAGAUUCGAGAUGAUGAAAUGCUAAUGCCCAAGAGGCCUCGCCUAGACUCACCAAGUGCAUUCAAAUCCCACACACCUUCACCCACCCCUAGCUUAAAGUCUGAAAGUUCUUCACGCAGCCGCAAAUCCGAUGAGAGUGACUCAGACACGGAUGUAGCAGGACUGGCAGAAAUUAUGGAUGAAAUCAACUGCACUGUUUGCAAGAGCUUUGACGUUUCUCCUCGUAAUCGGCUGGUGGAGUGUCAGGAGUGCCAUGCCCUGUACCACCAGGAGUGCCAUAAGCCACCUGUCACUGACCAGGAUGUCAAUGAUCCACGUCUUGUGUGGUAUUGUGCCAAGUGUACCAAGACACUGAAGAAACAGACUGCCAUUGUGAGCUCAUCAAGUGGCAGUAGUCUAAGUGGGCCACGAGGGGUGGGUGGCGGAGGCCUGCCAGGUAUUGUGGGAGGGAGCAAGGCACCACACACUCGCCCUGCCCCCUCACCUACCAAGAACCUUAACCUUCCUCGACCUUCACCUUUUACUAAUCUGUCAUCUGCGUCAGGCAGAAGCUUAGUGUCCAGCAGCAACAGCAGUAGCAGCAGUAGUAACAAUGGGAGCAGUAAGCAGUCUCUAUCAUCUGCAUCAUCUAGCUCAGCAUCUUCAUCAGCCAAAUCCUCUGUGCCAUCAAAUUCAAUGAAAUUUGCUGAGAGAAGGAUGCACAUGAUGAAGAAGAAAGCAGCAGCAAAGAUGGCUGAGAAGAGGAAACUGUAAAAUGGUAAUUAGUAUUGUCAUCAGGAAGGUGUGUGUUUGAUGCCAGUGCCAGUAUUGUCUCCAAAGAAUGUGGCAUGAUUGUUUCCCAUUACAUUAUAAUGAUGCUGGAAAUAUCUUGCAUCUAUUGUUUUUGUGUGUAAAAAAAAUAAUGAAAAAAAAAAUCAUAAAAUGAAAAACUGCAGGAAAAAAUCAAACCCUUUGGUUUAAGUAUUUCACCCAACACUUUUUUUUUUUUUUUUUUUUUUUCUUUAUAUAUAUACCAUGUGGAAUUUUUGUCAAUCAUUUUUUUUUUUUUUUUUUUUUUAUACCAUGUGGAUUUUUGUCAUAGUUAUCACCUUCCCUGCAGGCUAUGCUUUAUUAGUAUAUGUGCUCGUAUAUGUAUAUCUUGUAGACAAUAAUAUCAUAUUGCAGAUAUGUUUGUAUGUAUAUAUUUGUGAUACCAUAAAAAUGGUAUCUAGAUAAUAGUCUCUGAAUAUCCAAAGAGCAACUUUAAAUAGAUGUUUCAAUAACAUGACAGUCCUACUUAAUGUGAAAUCUAGAAUUUGGCAGGUAUGGUUAAAAAUAACUAAUAUGUACAAAACAUGCAAGAAAUAUUUAUCAUUGCUGCAGUGCCAGAAUCAACUUUUUAUGGGCUGUUUUUAAACUUUGGCUUUUUGUGAUUGGUAUCUAAGGGAAAGUUUUUAAUAUGAGUGGGGAAGAUGUACAUUUUAUCAUCUCCAUGAAUGCAUGAAAUAAAACCAAGAAAGUUUUGAUAGUUAUGAAUUUAACACUUGCAAGAGAAAGAUAUGUUUUAAUGGAUUUGAGGAAAAUAAUUGAUAAUACAUACAUAUUCAAGCAAAAGAAUAUAGUACAUAUUGUAAUUGUGUAAAAAUCACAGUAAAAGAAAAAUACUUUC